AUGGCCUGCACGGGUGACCACCCCGCUCCACCGGCUACGACCCCCGCUCCAGCGAUCGAAGCAUCCCUCUCCCCGCUGCGCCUCCCGCCAUUUUCGCUCUCGAAGUCCGGGUACAUCCUCGCCCACCUGCCGCUCGAGGCCGCGGCGGAGGUCCGCGAUCUCAUCAUUCGGCCUCUCGCUGAACACCCGUACGAUACCUUACGCGACGAGCUCAAACGACGCACGGCUCUGUCCUCGGAAAAUCGCAUUCGACAGCUCCUUACAUCAGAAGAGGUUGGCGACCGCCGCGCCACUCAGCUCUUAUGUCGGAUGCGUGAGCUCGCCGGUAACCCCACCGCCGAAGACACCCUCCUCCACGAGCUUUUCCUGCAGCGACUGCCUCACAACAUCAGAAUGAUCCUCGCCUCGACCGAGCAUGCCUCCCUCGACGAUCAAGCGAAGAUGGCAGAUUGCAUUUUGGACCUCGCAGGUCACCCGGUACCGGGCGCUGUUCCGAAUCUCGCCCCGACUACCGCCGCAUCUUCUGCCGAUCCCACUAUCGCCAUGCUAACGGCCUCUCUCCACCAACUCCAGAGCACUGUUGCCGUUUUGGCGGAACGUGGGGCUGCUACCCAACCUCCCCGAGGUCCCGGCCGCAACGCUUUUCGUCGGCGGCGUACUCCAUCCCGCAGACGCCCACGCUCGCCUUCGCCCGCGUUCUGCUGCUACCAUCACACCUUCGGUGACUCGGCCCGCAACUGCCAGCCCCCUUGUUCCUGGUCGGAAUACGACACCCCCACCCUGUAG